AUGGACAAGUGGGGCUGCGUGCGCACGGCCAGCGCCGAAGGCGACGACUACCGCCUGGACGACGAGCUACUGGCAUACGUCGGGCCGGGGCGGCCGCUGGGAUUCCACCAUAACCAUAAAGGCGACCUCAUCUUCUGCGACUCGCUCAAGGGCCUCAUGAUGCUGGAGCGUUUGCCCAGCGGCGGCAAGUGGCAGCUGCGCUCUCUGAGCAACUUUGUCGAUGGGCGUCCCAUUUCGUACGCAAAUGACUUAGACACAGCAGCAGAUGGAAAGAUCUUCUUUUCAGACAGCUCCAUCAUCCCUCCAGCCCUCAAUGAGGCAGUACCACGCCCCUGCUACAUGCUGACCAUGUGGCACGGGGCCCCCAUGGGGCGCCUGCUCUGCUACGACCCAGCCACAGCCUCCACCAGCGUGCUGGCACACGGCCUGUGGUACGCCAACGGCGUGGCGCUGUCGCCCGACGAGUCGUUUGUGGCUGUGGUGGAGACCUGCUCCAUGCGGGCGCGGCGGUACUGGCUCAAGGGACCCAAGGCGGGCACGAUGGACACCCUGAUCGACCGGCUGCCUGGCUGGCCCGACAACAUUGUGCGGUCCAGUGAUGGCAAGAACUUCUGGCUGUGCCUCGUCCUGCCCGACCUACCCCUAGUGCACAAAGUGCUUUCCAAGCCUUGGCUGCUGAGCAUUAUUGCAAACCUGCCUGAGUGGAUGCUGCCCCACAAACCUCAGUGGGGAUGUGUAGCCAAGGUGUCACCCGAGGGCGAGGUGCUGCAAGUUUUGAUGGAUCCUGAUGGCAGCCACGUGGCAAGCGUCAGCUCCGUCACGGAGCACGACGGCAAGCUCUUCCUUGGCAACUUGGGUGGGAAUUAUGUGAGUGUGCUCGACCUAAGCGGUGUGGGGGCGGCAGGCACGCCAGCGGCGGCCAAAUCAGCCUGCACACAGUGA